CUCACACACACAUUCACAUGACAAAUGAUAUGAUUAAUAAUAAUAAUUACACAUUCCGUUUUCCAUUUCCAUCUGUGGUUUUAAUUACAACGUUGUUGUUGCUCUUCCUCACAAAAAACAACCCAUUUCACGCGAAACAAGAUUCAAGCUGUCCUAAGUAGGUCGUUGUAGAAGCCAUGGUUCAUGACUCCAUUUUGUCUUCUCCUCGGAUGAGGUCACCAUCUUUCAGGAAGCAAUUUACAAAGUAUGAAUUGGGUAGUUGGUCAACACUCUUGAAGAGACACCGCUUCCUCUUAUAUGCUCUUGUUCUACUAUUUCUCCUCUGUACUGUUUAUCUGUAUUUUGCUAUCACUUUAGGGGCCACUGACUCCUGCUAUGGGUUGACUGGACCUGAGAAAGCUUCUUGUCAUAUGGAGCAGGUUAAGGCUUCUAUAGCCCAGCGUAAACUGAAAAAUCUGAGACACUUCUGAUUGUAAUGCAAGUUAUGGUGGAGAGUCCUUUUUUGUUUUUUUGCUUUUUUCAAGUCUGGGUGAAAUGAAAUCGAAAUAUAGUACACU